CUCAAUCGGGAUCUUUCCGAAGCUCUCUCGGAGCGCGACGCUGCCCUGAUCGAGAAAGUUCUCGGCCACAAGAGACCCCCGGCAUCGGCCGGCGGCCCAGCCACAGUAUCCAAUGGGUUUGUGCAAGAGCCCGGCAGUGACACUGUCGAGGCCGACCUUGCCAGCUAUCCCGGCACCCAGAACUCGGGGACUCAGAGCGAUCUCAUCAAGUCCCCGAUGGCAACAAAAAGAAAGGCGAGACGCUGUCCUCGAUGCUGUCUGCCCGUGCAGAGACCGUCGCCAAGCUGAUCGAGCAAGCCCGCUCCGAGACUGCGCAGCGGGCCUAUACCGAACAGAGCAUCGAGAAUCUUUCUAGCCCGACAGAGCUAUUGAUUCCGGAGCAUCCCGAAGUUCCGCGAAUCAAGAACAUGCUCACGGAAGAUGUUGAUGCCGGCGCCGGCGGCCUUGCCCACGAACGUAACUUUCUGCAUACACUGCGAAACGAUCCAGAGUUUCGAAAGGCGCUGGGAGAGCCCGGCGGUCUGAACGAGGGAAUCCCAGAGGAUUAUGUCAACUCAAAGCUGUCCAAGAUUCGACAAAAGACAGGGCCGUCGCGCAAGAGCGGCCUGGGGCCAAGUCUUCCCCAGGCCGAUGGCGCCGCUGCAGAGCCCUCGCCAGCUGCCCAAGAGCCCGAUCAUUCCCAAGACAUGUAUACCCUCAUUCACAAGAUCCAGAGCGAAAUCAUCGAGCACGAGAAACUCGUUGCUCGACUUCAGGCCAGACAGAACGACUACGCGGCCAUGAAAGAUGCUUACGAGCAAAAGUUGACCAAUUUGCAGUCGCAGCUUAUCCAAGUUCAGCAGGAGAGGGAUGAAGCGCUCGGCCGCAUUCGCGGGGAUACUAAGACGCCGGUAGGGGAACGGGACCGGGGCGCGGCGGCAGUCAAAGCUCGAUAUGAGGAGCAGAAGCGCAAACUGGAGCAGGAGAUCCAAGAAUACAAAAAGAAGCUCAAUGACAACGGACGGCUGCAAAGCUCAUCGAAAUCUCGCAGCGAAGGGCUCACAAAGGGUCUGAGGGAAACGAUCGAAAGUCUGAAAGCCGAAAAGGCGCAGAUCAUGCGUGAUCUCAAGCGCGAGGCCGAUAAGAACAAGGCUCUGCACAUUGAAACCCAGAAGGAACUCCAGCGACGAGAGGUCGAAACCCUCGAGAUGAAAAAGAAACUCCAGGAACUUGAGAAGAGCCACGAGAUGCAGACCAUCAUCCUCCGCCGGAGAUCUGAAGAAAUUCGGCACUCAAAGAGCAAGCUGAAAAAGGUCUUGACGAUGCUGAAACGCACCGAGAGUCGGCCGGGCUCACGCCAAGGAUCCGCUUCAAGUCGUCUCCGACAAGGCUGGUUCGACGACCAGAGUGGCGAAGACCUCACCGGACGGCUGUCGAAUCCACUCAAUGGCGACCUUGACGAAUACGAAAACAUGCCGCCGCUGGCUAUCCGUGCCCGCUUCAAGAAGCAGCUGCUUGAGCAGGAAAUGGCAUGCGCCAUCUCUGCGCGCCGCGCUGCAAUGGCCCUCGACGAACUCUACGAGAAGCGCGACCGUCUGCUCGGCGAGCAACGCGAGCUGCUGGCUGAGCGAGAGCGCGUGGUCUUGGCCGAUUCCGAGGCAACAGGACUGCCGCUCGAUCCUCAAAAGCCACAGUAUAUGGAUGAUCGACUCUGGGUUCUGGAUCACGAAAUCGCGAUGGUCAACUCGAGGAUCCUCGCUGUCGAAGAGGAGCGUGGCGUUCAGUCCAAGCCCAGUGCCCCCGCAGACAGCUCAGCCCAGGACGAAGAAAGCAUCCCCGAGGAACGGCGCCUGGUGUGGCAACGGCCAAUGCGGCGCCCGUCGUCUCCGAUGGUACCGUCAGCCCUCGAUCGCGGCAACGAACUCGGGAGCGCAGCGCCCGAAGCAGAUGGUGUCGAUCAAACCAGGCACCAGACCCUGUUCAUGGAGGAUGUCAACCGUUGCCGCACGCAAGACACCGAGAAGAGCCAGUCCAAUGCGCCACCGGCAUCUUUGCCCCUGGACACGGAUCAGAUCUGGGACAACAUUGUCAACUUCUUGCAUUCGCUGGAAAGUGAAGAGCUCAGCUUAAUCCUCGAACUCUAUCUCGAAGAUAUCAUCCAGUUGCGGAUGUUUGUGCGAGACGAGGAGUAUGCGCUGAACGAGCGCGAUCGGAUUAUUGCCGAGCUCAAGUCGUCGAUCGACACCAUCCAGCAUGCCGCCCGCCAGGCCGCAGUCGACUAUGAGGGGCGUAUCCAAAAAGUACAAGAGGAGGAUCUCGUUCGCCAGAAGAAAGCUGUCCAGGUGGCGGUCGAGAAAGCCUUGCAGGAAUCACGGCAGUCUCCGCGAAUCUCCGUGUCGACCGAGACUGACCAACCGAUAGAGGAAGUUGCGGACGAGAACGAGCUCACCGAUCAGGAUCUGGAAGUUCUACGGAUCAUCAAGGACAAGAUGAGGCUGUCGAAGCGCAGCUCCGGCAAGCUCUACGUAUUGCAGAACGCCGGGGCGGAUCGGCUACCACGGUCAUCGUCAUUCACGUAUGAACCCGAGGAACAGGCGGAGAAAGGCAGCGGCAGCAGGAGACAGGCCUGGAGCGAUGUGCCUCGCACCCACAGCCUCAACGCCAGCGGCGAUUCCCUUGUCAGCACCAGCGAUGCCUCUGCCCCUCGCCCGCCGUCGCCUCUCCGACAGAGUUUCAAGCAUUCAUCUCGUGACGACUUGCCCCCAAGCCGGGCACUCAGCCUUCCGCGCAGGAGCCGCAUCCCUCAGGCUGCUGGGCCCCCCUCACCCCGAAUCGGUUAUGCGAGCGAUACCAGCGGCGAAGACGAAGAGGCCGUGGCCAGCAAUCGUCCCCAGGGGACUAUCACCCGCCCGUUUCCAGAUGCUGAGCAGUACCGCUCCUCCAACAACCUCUCCCCAACGCGCCCGGCACUGCGACGAACUCCAACCAACCCCGAAGAGGAUGUUUUCAGGCGACUCGCAAGCGCUCACACCCUUGCAAGUCAAGCCAAAAUGAUCCACCGUCCCCAGGAGAUGCUAUCGACCGAUGAAUUGGUGCCGCGACGGGCCUCACCUACCGCGGAAUGUCCCGUCGGAGCAGCCGUGCUCAUUCCCGAGAAAUCAUAGAGACAACCAUAGCAUUUCUGUGGCUGUCGCCGCGCCCGCUCCCUUCAUCUUGGCCCCACCUUACAGGCAAUCCAAUAAAAAACGGGACACCCGGGUUUUUGACCAUUCA